CUUCUCAGACCCUUGGUCGAUGAUGGAUGGGCGACUUUCCAAUAGUAUGCACGCCGCGUGUGCUCGCUCACUUUUGCGAAAAAUUAUCCGUCACAUCCUAGACUGCAUGAUAGCGCCGCGCUUGAUCUGACGGACGCUCAUGCUUCGUCGUACCCACUGUCUCCUCGGCUCCAAGAGCUGAACUGACAUGACGAGCGUGAUAUACUUGUCCCUUGCCUGCAGCGCUGCAUUUCUGCCACCCUUACUCGACUGAUCAUCCAUUCGGAGCAUUGGCCAACAGCAAUGGUUGAUCUCAUGGCAGGCCUUGGCAAGGCUUGCCCUAAAAUCAAAGAAUUUCGUUGUUUGACACUGCCCGCUAUUCAUGCACCAUGCUUUCUGACCUGCAUCUUGCAUCUUGCAUCUCUAAAACGGGUGAUCUCUGUUUAUUGCAUAUCUCUAUCACCGAUGACGAAGUUCUGGUCCUCGUUUCUGCGUGGCCGCAAAUGGGACAGCUUUCCCUUGGCUCGAAAAUUGACUGGGGAGUUCCUCACUCGGGCGUGACACUCCGUGGACUUGCGGGAAUCUCCGAGCGCUGCCCACAUCUGUGCUCCCUAGGAGUCAACCUAGAUACCUCGGCCCCCAGUUACCUGAGCGUUGGGUAUGGAGAGUGCAACGACGUUGAGGCCAUUGACAACCUGCUAUCUGCCAUGUGUCCCAACUUGAGCGAUAUCCGUCGUGCACCUCUCCUACGGAUGAUUUACGAAGGUGUUGACAAUGAUGAAUGGAGCGAAAAUGGAAAGAGGUCGAAGAUUAUCACGCAGAGGCCCAGGAGAAUGGGGCAACCGCAGCAGAACGAUGGUGAGCGCUUUAUACCCACCCAGUCGUGUUUUCACAUGUCCCAGUACUUGGUGUGUGAUGCAAAAAAUCAUCGCUACUUACUUGAGCGAACGAAUUUUUUUGGUACAAGAUGCAAGAUGACUGCCAGAAUUUCGGUGGUUUUGUGAACUAUUAUUAGAUUGUGAUUUUACCCUGGCUUUGGUGAUAGUUUGUUUCUUCGAGCCUUACAGAUCAUCCUCCUGUCAAGUUA